UUAUUAUAUACAUAUUGAGACGCUGAUGAGAGAGAGAGAGAGGAGAGAAAGUGAGUCACAAGAACUACGACAUAAAACCGAACCCAAUUCAAUUCUCCUUUUAUCAGACCAAACACAAAGGGAGAGAGAAUAAUAAUGGGAGACGUACGGAGGAUCGUGGUGGUUGUAGAAGAUAAAGAAGCGGCGAGGACGGCGUUGCAAUGGGCACUCCAUAACCUCUUCCGUCAAGGUGACAUCAUAGUCCUCCUCCACGUAAUCUCUCCUCCGCCGCGCAAGAAGAAAUCGACAGCGGCGCGUCUCCUCCGACGCCACGGAUACCAUCUCGCCCUCUCUUUCCGUGAAAUCUGCGACGCUUUCUUCAACACGAAUACGGAGAUAAUAGUGAGAGAAGGCGACGAAGAUGGAAGAACCAUCGCUGAAGUGGUGAAAGAGCUUGGUGCAUCGAUGAUUCUCGUUGGUCUCCAUCAAAACAGCUUUCUUUACAGAUGGGCAAUGAGUGGGAUUGAUGUAACUAGAAACUUGGGCUGCAAAGUGAUGGCUAUAAAGCAGCCUUCGUCGGAAGAGUCGCCGCCGGGAAAAUUGAAGGGACGCAUGACCUCACAUACGACGGCGACAUCAGAUAGUUUAACUAACUUUGACUUUUCCCAAAUCGAAAUUUCUGGAUUACAGGUUCCUGAGAUUCGGACACCUAAAGUGCCAUACAGAUUAUGUCCGAGUCCUCGUGCGAUACUUUGGAGAACAAGACCACGGAGAUCUAAAGCUCGAUACGCUGUAGUUUCAUAGAAUGAUUUUAUUCCAAACAAUAGGAAAGAAACAAAACUCUACCCUCAAUUUUUGUGUCAAAGAAACAAACAAAUUUUACUCCAUACCAAAAAAAAAAUUUGUUUUUAACUAUGCAGACUGGAGCUUCUCUCUCCUCCCUUAGAGAGAGGUUUCUCUCGAGAAAGCUCUAUACCUCUUACCAGACUCAAAUCUUUCAGAGGAUACAGCUUAGUUAGAGAGGGAAAGAACUAUGUUUGGUUGUAAAUCUUUUCUUUCGCUCGGCGAAUUCUCUUUUCCGGUUGCAGAAUUAUUUUUUUCGCUGUGGCGAUUUUGAUGUGGUUUUCAACCAAAUCCGAGUUGAUCGACAUGUUUAAACUUUCUCGGAUUAGGAGUUGAAGGUUUUUUUUGUUGUGUGUGUGUACUUAAAGCUUCAUCUCUCUGUUUUAAGCUGAAA